AGGGUUCAGAUCUGUACACCACUGCGAUCACGGAGUAGCAACCAUGGGUGCCUGCAAGCCUACGCUCUGUGUCUUGGCAACCGCACUGUGCCUGUCCUACCCCGUCAAUGGAAUGGACUACAUCACAGGUCAGAGCCACAGGAGGAGCCUGCAGCAGGGGCCAGGAGGCAUCACAUGUCAGGGGCAGUAUCAAAGCGCGCAGUACCGCUGCAUGUCUCUAACCAGCCGACCCAACAACUACCAGUUCUGCGUGCGCCUGUGCGACACAAGCCUGGGCCGCAACAGGGACACCAGCGCUGACUCAUCCCUGGUCGGCAGCGGAGGCAGCGGAAAUUCGACUUCUCCGACUCUCGGCGGCAGCGGCGGCUUGGGCGGAGCAUCGCUCGGCGGAGCCGGUCUCGGCAGCGGCGGCGGCGGCGGCGCAGGCAGCUGCACUCCCUGCCAGGACACGCAGCAGCAGUGCCAGCAGGGCUCCAGCGGGGGAGGGGUGAGUCAGCAGUACUACCGGCCUUACGUAAAUCGUUACUACACCGGCCUCGGCUGCCAGGACACCGGCCCGUUUGUGCGCCCGGCCGGCUUCUCAGCUUCUCCCAGCUCCUCUCCCAGCAGUUCUCCGAGCGGCUCCCCUGGCAGCUCUCCCAGGGCGUCCCCUUCUCCCGCCUAGAUGCGCCAAAGGCCCCCGGCCGCGAAGGUGUAACUCCCCCUCCCGUUAUCUGUGCACCCCUGGACGUGCGGCGUAUAUCCCCGGACUCCAAAGUCAUGACGAGAUCUGACCUGGCAUUGCAAAGAUGACAAGGAGAAAGGGGCCCACGGCUGGCUUGCUGAUCAGGAGUAUGGGGCAGUCGGGUGAAUGCUGGGUUAGGACCGCAGGUGUGUCUAUCUAAAGAAAAACAUAUGUGGCAGCCCCUGGCGGCUGUGUGACUCACAGCUCAAGCGCCAAAAUGCUGACAUGCCAGAAGUCUGCUGCUUCCCCGCAGAUGCAGCUGUUUCGUUUGUGAGAGGAGAAGCUCAUGCUUGCCCUCGCAUUACUGGGGUCAGCAGCGGAGGUAGCAGAUCUGCUACAAGCCUGUGUGACAGGAAAGUAAUCUUUUGACAUAUUUGUUUGGCUUGUUCAGCGCCAAUCGACCUGCAUUGCUUUACAGUGCUAGAUUGAACACCCUGAGCAUUUUAGAGGGCUCAAGCUCACUGGGAUUUGAUCUGCUGCAUGUGUACCCAGCAUAAGGACAAACUCGCACAAAAUGCAAGGCACACAAAUUUGCAAUACUGGGGCGGUCUGGGGAAUUGCCUGGAGAACAAGGUUGUGAAAUAAGUCUGCUUGAAGGUGGUGAACUUUGCAUGGCAGCAUGAGCGUGCAAACUUCAAAUCUUUGUGCAUCAUGCAAGGUUUGUGUCGGCACACCAAAUUUAUUCUUGUCACAGCAAGCACUGGCGCGCUCAUUUAAAAGUCGGGUCAACUUCUCGUUGGUCAACUGAUAAUGUAUUUGCCUUCGGAAAGCAGAUGGGAUCAAGGAGGCUGCAUGGGUGUGCCUAAAUAAACAAUUGCUGGAAGUAUUCAUGUUUGUCUAUCAUAGUAUGGUAUGGCGCAGCAAUUGCUUAAGCCUUGUUGAAUCACUCUUGUAGCAAGGCUAGGACUUUGUCAAGUCGUGAUCUCUGAAAAUACAUUGCAAUAGACAACAAAAACGAACUUGUAAUAUUAUUGGGAGUCU